CGCAGAGGAAGUCGCCGCGAUGUCCGAGACCGCUCCCACCGCCGCCCCUGAUGCGCCCGCGCCCGGCGCCAAGGCCGCCGCCAAGAAGCCGAAGAAGGCGGCGAGCGGCUCCAAAGCCCGCAAGCCCGCGGGGCCCAGCGUCACCGAGCUGAUCACCAAGGCCGUGUCCGCCUCCAAGGAGCGCAAGGGGCUCUCCCUCGCCGCGCUCAAGAAGGCGCUGGCCGCCGGCGGCUACGAUGUGGAGAAGAACAACAGCCGCAUCAAGCUGGGGCUCAAGAGCCUCGUCAGCAAGGGCACCCUGGUGCAGACCAAGGGCACCGGCGCCUCCGGCUCUUUUCGUCUCAAUAAGAAGCCGGGAGAGGUAAAAGAAAAAGCCCCCAAGAAAAGGGCGCCUGCAGCCAAGCCCAAGAAGCCGGCGGCUAAGAAGCCCGCCAGCGCUGCGAAGAAGCCGAAGAAGGCGGCGGUGAAGAAGAGUCCCAAGAAAGCUAAGAAGCCGGCGGCUGCAGCGGCCAAGAAAGCGGCCAAGAGUCCCAAGAAAGCUGCAAAGGCAGGCCGCCCCAAGAAGGCAGCGAAGAGCCCGGCUAAGGCGAAAGCGGUGAAGCCCAAAGCAGCCAAGCCUAAGGCAGCCAAACCUAAAGCGGCCAAGGCAAAGAAGGCGGCGCCUAAAAAGAAGUAAAUUGUACCAGAAGAGUUUUGUUCUACAUAUUUUGUUAUCCAACGGCUCUUUUAAGAGCCACCCACACUUUCUGUAAAGGAGCUGAUCCACUCGAGGUCGUCCGUAAAAUGCAGCAAGGGUCCAGCAAUUCGUAAGUCGUCAAGAGGUCAAUGAUGUCUUGUGGUUUUUUUAUUCGUUAGGAUUACCUACAGAAAUAUUAAAGUGGUAGAGCGCGGCGGCUUUAGGGAAGUGUAGACUUCUGCUUUUCCUCCGAGUGAUUACUUUGACUACCAAAAAACGAAUGUUUUAUAAUGAUUUUAUAAAAAAUUGGAUGUGUGGGUUUGUGGUUUUUUUUUUUUUUUGAAAAUAUAUUUUGUAACAGAGUAAUGCAAUUACCAGGCACGCUACUACUGAGCCAUAUCUAAUCUAUUGAAUUAUUUCUCCUAAAAUAUCUCCGUGAAUGCCUUUGUCUGUUUGGGGGGAGAAGGGGAGGAGGGUUUCUUAGCAGACAAAAAAAUAGGGCUGAUCUCUCCCAAUCCUUUUGUUCCCGAUGAGAAAGAAGGAGCUUUAAGUAUUGAAAAAGCCCGCCCUGUCUAAUGAUUGGCCAGCGGAAAUUCCUGCCCUUCCCCCUCCCUUUCCCGAAGACGAUUAUGCCUCUUUUCUUUGCAACUGUAUCAGCGACACAGAGGAAAAAGAGGAGAAAAAGAGAGAGGGACAGGAACUCAACGAAUGGUGUCCGAAUAACGAAAAUAGAACAUUGCUACUAUAUCCAACAAAAAAUAAAUAAUAAAAAGAACAUGGGUUGAGUAGUACUGACAAAAUGCUUUUCACUCGUUUGGAUAACUGAGCUCUCUUAGGACCAUGUGGGUGGCUCUGAAAAGAGCCUUUGUGCUUUUCCAAAAAAGCAGAUGUGCCACGUAUCCCUUGGGAUUCACUUAGCCUUAGCCUUGUGGCUCUCGGUCUUCUUGGGC